AAAAUAAAAAAAUCACUGAAAGAAUGGCGAAUUGGAUUUUGUCGUAAAGAAUCUCCUCUUCCACACGACACCGAGUGCCGGAUCCCCGCAAUCGUCAAUCCUCCAGUCUCUCACCUACGCAGAGAGACGGAGACGCUAAGGGACGAUCAAAAGCUGUCGAUUUGUGAAGUUAAUCGAUGAUACUGUUGCAGUCUCACUCCAGAUUUCUUCUUCAGACCUUGUUAAAUCGGCUUCAAAACCUUGAAAAAGGAGUCGAACUCGACCACCACUGGGUUGAGUUUGAUGAUGUUCGUUACCACAUCCAGGUGUCAACAAAGAAUCCACAUCUCUUGCUGCUAUCAGUGUCGCUACCCACCCCACCUCCAGAAACUAAUUUCGUUGGUGGACUUCCUUUUGGAGCAAUAGAAGCCAUAAAAGCUGCUUACGGCGUGGUUGUUCAAAUUCUUGAUCCUCCCAGGGAUGGCUUUAAUCUAACAUUGAAGCUAAAUUUUUCAAAACUUCCUCCAGAUGAAGAGUACAAGCAUGCUAUUUUGGUUAAAAUUGCAUCUGUUAGAGAAGUGGUUUUAGGCGCUCCUUUAAGAGUAAUUCUCAAAAACCUUGCUUUAAGGAGAGUUGCUCCAAACAUGGAUCAGCUUGUUGCCAUUGUUCAUCGGUCGAAUGAGUCUUUAUUUCUUUUUCCUCAGGCAGAAAAGGUGACUGUGAUGUUCCCUAUGAGAUUCAAAGAUUCAGUAGACACCACUCUUGCAACUUCCUUUUUACAGGAGUUUGUGGAUGCAAGGCGUACUGCUGGACUGAACAAUGCUCCCCCUUGUUUAUGGUCUCCUUCUCCUCCCCUGGAAUUGAACGAAGCUCCUACUGAAGCAUUAUCUGCAAAUGCAGGUUUUGUAAGUUUUGUCAUUUUCCCACGUCAUGUAGAAGGCAAAAAGUUAGACCGUGCUGUUUGGAAUCUAUCAACAUUUCAUGCUUAUGUUAGCUAUCAUGUCAAGUGCUCUGAGGGAUUCAUGCAUACGCGGAUGCGUCGACGUGUGGAAUCUCUGAUUCAGGCUUUGGAUCGUGCCAAACCAGAGUCAAAGGAGUCCAAGAAAACAGCAACUAGUAAGUCUUUUAAAGGCAAGGUAUGGCAUGAUAAAUAAUAUCAGUCCUUCAAGACAUGAUAAACGAGGGGAGGGGAGGGGAAAGUGGGGAAAUUUUCUUCUUCUUUUUUCUCCUGAAAGAAAGGAAGGGAAACUCUGUUAGUGUGUGUACAUUGUAUUUUUAACUUUUUAAUGAAGUCUCAUUUUCCUUUGAGCAGACCAUUGCCAUUUGCUCAGUCAUCUUAA